AUGCAAGUGGUGUGGUUGGAUCCGACUACGAACAAAGCUGAGGGCGUUCUGCUGCUACCUCCUGCUGAGGUUGCUGGAGCGGCUACAGUCGAUGCGAUCAAGAAACUGUUGGCUAAGAAGUUGCUUUUGGAAAACGUCAGCCGAAGCACGCUACGACUGCAUGGUCAGCACUUGACUUCCGGGGACCUAGACGCGUACCUGCCAUGCUUUCGGUCCAACAUCCCCCGGUUUGUGUUUUCUUACCAGCUGACUUUAAAAUGUCAGGCGGACAUGCGCACGUCGUGCAUCUUCGUGUCCAUGUUGGCGGGCAACGUCAUUACAGUGUCGACAACCAAUCUCACGACUGUCGCUGAGGUGUGUAGCGAGAUUGAGUACAAGACGGGCAUUCCCCAAGAAGAGCAUCGUUUGAUGUACGGAGGGGCGCAGCUCCAGAAAUGCCGACAGCUCUGUGACUAUGGCAUUGGCCGAGACUCGACGCUGCACUUUUCACUGAGUCUGAACGGGGGUUUAAGUUAUGUUUCUAAAGCGGGCGAGUUUGUCGACGUGUCGAACGAUGACAUCUUGGAAGUGCGCAAGUUUUUGCGUGAUGCUCCAAUGUGGCGACACGUGCAAAUCGGGCUGAACGUCGAAGGGGUGUGCAAAAACAAAGACUGCGACGCUUUUGGGCACUUAGUGAUUUGCCCCACGAAGUGGCGGCCGUUUAACUUGUUGCAGCACCGUAUUCAUUGUGCCCUAUGUUGUGCUUCAAUCGUCCCCUUCACGUGCGGGUUUUACAAUUGCCGCUGGCGCUUUGAAGGGGUUCAAAUCGACAACGGGAUGCACAUGAGCAGUCCUUGGAAAGCGGCGAGUGGUGAAUUCUACCAUCGCUUUAAUGAAGGCAAGAAUGUGACGUGGCAAAGCCUGGUGGUCGUCGCAACCCCCCUGGAUACCAAGGGGUGCGGGAUGUGCUUUGGAUCUCUUGUUGGCCUCAAGCAGCCCCUGGUCGUACUUCCAUGCAGCCACAAGGUAGACUAUGCGUGCUUCAAGGCAUUGAUGACGAGCUGUGACCGCCGCAAAGUGGCGGUGACGUGUCCCACGUGCUGGUCGCCCGCUGGCGCCGAUGGGGUUCGAUUUCAAUGA